AUGUCGCACGAUCCAUCACAGAGCCCAGGUGGCGCUUCAGCCCCUAGUGCCAACCCAUCUAUUCGGCCCAGGAACCGAAUUAGCCACACCAAGUCGCGGGGCGGCUGCUACACAUGCAAGCGGAGACGAAUAAAGUGUGAUGAGCAAAAGCCAGUGUGUGGCAGUUGCUCUGUUCGAGGUGGUGAAUGUAUCUUCCCAGACCCAGGGAGUACGAAGAACAAACCCAGGCGCCCGGCUUCUCAUAAUCUUAAUGCGACGACACCAAGCUCAGAUCCAGGCCAAUGUGAUCUACCAAUCCAAAGAGGUGGUCAAUAUGCUGGUAUCAGCCCUCUGUCUUUCAAUCUCGGCCCCGCCGGAGCAUCAAAUGACGAAGGCCGACCCGAUGGUCACCUCAACAUGACCGACCUGAAUUUACUGCAGCACUUCAUUCUGCAUACGUCAAAAAAGAUGACAUUAAAUCCCGCCAAAACAUUGGUGUGGGAACGAGUUUUCCCGGAGAUAGCCGGCGCAAACGAGUUCUUGAUGCAUCUGCUUUUGGCAUUGGCUGGCCUGGAUAUCCUCACCGAACAGUCACACGAUUCCUCAAACUCCAUUGAACAACGAACCUCACCUGACCAUCUUUCCAAGAGUCUACAGUUGGACAGAUUGAGGGUAGUGGUGGAGCACCACCAACUAGGUCUCAAAGGCCUCAAGGAAAAGCUUUGGUCGGUCAAUGAAUCCAAUGCCGAAAUAUUAAUGACCGGAUCAAUGCUGAUCGUCGGAUUUGCAUUUGCAUCUCUUCGAUUCGGAGACACGAAUUUCCCACAACCGUCGUCUAGCUCGCCCGGGAGUUUAGAUCUGUCAAAUGCCGGUAAACCGCAAACGCAUUGGCUCCGUCUCGUGGGCGGCGUUGCGUCUAUCACACGAAACCACUGGAUGACAGUAAAAACAGGUCGAUGCAGGGCUCUGUUAAAUUUCGGAAAUUCCCACGAAGACUGGAAGCUUUGUCGGUCUGAACUAGAUGGGACUGUGCCGAUGGAACUAGGCGCAAAAAUUUCGAAAUUCGCAUCUGGAGGCGGCAAGGCAGUCUCUGAUCUGCGAACGCUAAUACAUGCUCUUAUAGCAUCCGUGGAGCAAACAUUUCCUAACUCUGAGCAGAGUCACACUCUGAAGGAGCAGCUCCAUGCGCUUACUAUCUUUGAAGAAACGUACAUGCGUGUGCUAUAUGCACUUCGACUCCAGAGAUUCGAAUCACGACCCUCGUCAAAUAUUGAUGUCCAGGCGGAGAUCGAAGAGGCCGCUGUCACCUCUUGGCCGAGUUUUAUUUCACAGGGAUUCAUCUCCUCGUUGGAAUUCCAUGGACAUUUCGGGGUGAUAGAAGGCGUUUCAUUCACGAUUCUUGCUCACCUUUAUCUGACUCUCGCUAUCUUGAAGGACACAUGGUAUCUGGGGGCAACAUUUGAUGCAGAAAUCGGAAAGAUUAACACAUUGAUUUCUGGGCUGAGAGAUGAGAGAUUAGUGAGGCUGAUGGAAUGGCCGAUGGCAGUGGCUCAAACCCCAUGA